CGCCUGAGGUGCCUGCGGGGGGGGCAGCUGUGGCACCCGCUCCGCUGGAGGCCGCUGGGGGGGAGGGAGAGCCGUGCCCGAGGGGCCGCGUGUGGGGGAGACCCCUUGGAGAGAAGGAGCGGGAGGGAGACGUCACCCCCAUGACCAGAGCAGGGGAGGAUCCUGUGGUCUCCGUUCUGCAGCCGGAAGAAGCGGAGAUAGUUAGUGCCACGGUUUCACUUGGUCUCACGCCCGGCCAGGAUCAUCGACGCUGCGAAGCCUCCGAGUCGCCAUUGCCGUAGCCGAUGUCACCCCAAAGGCCGAAUUGCUACCUCCCUCAGCAUUGGGCUGUUAGGAUUGUAGUGACGCCGAAGCCCAAUAGACAUCGCACCGGUUAGGUCCGUCGUUGGGUUGUUUCCAAGUCACUGGCUGGCCUGGACAGACAGGCUUCUGUCUAUCACGUCAGCCACAUUUAUGUUUUUGAACAAGUGUUUGGUGGAAGGACCAACAGACGAAUGGGUCGUGACGGCAGCAGAGUCGCUUCCACAUGGGCUGGGUCUGGAUUUGACUCCAGCGACUGCAUCGUGAACGUGGUUUUAUUUUGGACGUGAAUCUCAGAGACCGUUCGUUAUUCCUUUGCCGGCGCAUUGCUAGGCGCUGAGCGGUGCUACAACCGUCCUUAUUUUUAUUUUUUUUAGAUCCUGAAUGGGCCUCUUACAAACUCGGAGUAUUCAUCUGUUUGAAUUGCUCUGGGAUUCAUCGCAACCUUCCUGAAAUCAGCAGGGUCAAAUCCCUCCGGCUUGACUUCUGGGAGCAUGAUCUUGUAGAGUUUAUGAAGAAGCAUGGGAAUCUCUGUGCAAAGGCUAUCUAUGAGGCAGAAGUCCCUCCUUUCUAUUAUGUUCCCCAGUCUAAAGACUGCCUGGUUUUAAGAGAACAAUGGAUCAGAGCUAAGUAUGAGCGGAAAGAAUUCAUUGCCACAAGCAUCAGCCACGACGCAUGUACCUCAGGCAGCCGUGAAGGAUUUCUGUGGAAGCGUGGGCGGGAUAGCAAGCAAUUCCUCCCAAGGCAAUUCAUCCUGUCAGCAAGAGAUGGGGUACUGAAAUACUACACCAAAGAGUCAAAAGGUCCAAAAGCUGUGAUUAGCAUUAAAGAUCUGAAUGCAAUGUUCCAGACGGAGAAAAUCCCAAACUCCCAUGGGCUGCAGAUCACAUACAAUGAGGGUGGUCGGACAAGGAACCUUUUCGUCUAUCAUGAGAGUGGAAAGGAAAUUGUUGACUGGUUCAAUGCCAUUCGGGCAGCGCGUUUCCAUUAUCUUAGAACCACCUUCCCCACUGCCCCUGUGUCUGAGCUUGUACCCCAGAUUACGAGGAGUUAUUUCAAAGAAGGUUACAUGGAGAAAACUGGACCAACGCACAAGGAGGUCUUCAAGAAGCGCUGGUUUAGCUUGGAUUCACAGGAGAGGAGUCUGAUCUACUUUAAAGACCCAUUGGAUGCCUUUGAAACGGGCCGAGUGAUUAUUGGAAGCAAAGAGCAUGGGUACGAAGUCCGGGCCAGCUUGCCCAGAGGAGUCAAAGGAAGGAGGUGGAAAGCUGGACUCACCAUAGUCACGCCAAAAAGGGAGUUUGUAUUUGCAUGCGAGAAUGACAGGGAGCAGGAGGAGUGGAUGGAGGCUUUGAAUGAAAUAAUUUCCCAGCCCAUGACUGCCUAAGAAGCCAAUCUCAGGCAGCGCUGACAGCCAGUCAAGUUGCAUUUGACAUAUCAGUUGAGAGGAAAGAUAAACUACGAUAAACUGAAAGAUGCUGGUUUUGCUGUUGUCUUCUCUCAGAUGUAAGAAGGAUUCCAGUUUCAGGACAUAUUCGUUCCUUGGACUCUCUACUGAGACUGUUUAGCUCACAAGAGCAAUGGUGAUUGUAGGUAUGACCUCCUGCACACCAAGAACCAGCCUGAGACAACUGACCUUACUUCCUGUGGGGCAUCAGCAGCUGUUACAUUAUAUUACAGCCUUUCAGCCACUUCUGACAUGGACUGCAUGAAGCCAGUAACCAAGAGAUGAUGGGUUGUGUAUUCUGGGGUCAGGAUCCACUGGGUGCCAUUUUCAGGAGUGCAUAGCACUGGCCUCAUUGAACUUUGCUCUCAUUGAAGUCAGUGCAGCUUUUACCAUUGACUUCAGGAGGAAAAUGAGGCAUGAGCUGAACACCUGGACUUAUUAAGAGGUGCUGAGUAGCUGCAACUCCCCUUGGCUUCACUGGAUUUCUCACCUUCUCUCGGGACAUGAACUUUUAUUACAAACCAGUCUCAGGUCCUUUGCUGUUUGUAUUUCUGAUAACAUAAAUCCCAAGUUCUGUAAAAAUAAAAGAUAGUUUUACCUUA